AAUAUGACAGAUGCAUAUUGGCUGAUGUUACAGAACAUGGUCAGACUGUCCCAAGAACACAGCUACAAACAUUACUAGGAGUCAUCAUGAUCUCCAUGCUCACCAUGCUGCUGUACCUUGGUCUCAUUUUGGAACACAGGACUAAAAUACAGGCAGGACACCUUCCAAGGCCCAUCAUCUGGGCCGAGCCAGGCUCUAUGAUUGCCAUUUAUACAUCUGUGACUAUCUGGUGUCAGGGGUCUUGGGAGGCCCAGAAGUAUCAUCUGUAUAAAGAGGGAAAUGUAAAUCCUUGGGACACUCAACUCCCUCUGGAAACCAGGAAUAAGGCUAAGUUCAACAUUCAAUACAUGACAACCACUUAUGCAGACACAUAUAAGUGUUACUAUGAGAGUGCUGCUGGUUUUUCAGAGCACAGUGAUGCCAUGGAGCUGGUGAUGACAGGAGCCUAUACAAAUCCCAGCCUGUCAGUCUGGCCCAGUUCUGAUGUGACCUCUGGAGUUUCCAUAGCCUUUAAGUGUAGCUCAUCCAUGGGAUUUGGCAGAUUCAUUCUGAUCCAGGACGGAAAAGACAGCUUUCGAUGGACCCUGGACUCACAACGACAUGACAACCAACCAUUCCAUGCUACUUUUGUUCUGGACACUGUUACUCCCAACCACAAUGGAACAUUCAGAUGCUAUGGCUCUUUUAGAAAUGAACCACAUUUGUGGUCGAAAUCAAGUGAUCCCCUUGUCCUCAUGGUAUCAGAAACCAAGAACCAGUCUCCUACACACACUGAAGAUGCUCCAGCCCAGAUGCUACCAUCAAUGAAAAAUACCUGUGUGAGAAUAACAGAGAUCUGGGGAAGGGGAUUAUUUAGACCUCAGAAUCAGAGAACUGAUGGGGAGGGUCUUGGAUCAGCACUUGGAGAGAAAGAACUUUCACAAUGGAUCUAGAAAUGUCACCACAUUCCCUGAUUCUCUCUCUCCUUGGGACAAGGAAACCCAUGGGACAAGGACAUGGGUCUGAGUCAAAGAGAUACCAGACCCUGUAGCUAAGAAUUGCCUCCUUUCUUCUGACAUGACAGAUGCUUCUGUGAAAAACACACAAUCUGAGGACAAUGGAGAGCUGGACAGUUGGGUGAGAUUCCUGCCCCAUUCACAUUGAUAAGAAUGUUUGGCCUAAUAGUACAUUGUAUAAGUAAGAACUACAUAGGGCCCCUCCAUUUUGGAAGAGUUUGACUCUGUGAACUAUGAUAUCUCUUUGCUUUCCCUAUGACUGUGUGAACCUCCUCUACAGCCUCUUUUCUGAAUGUAUGUCAUCUGUCUGUUGCUUAGCAUCAGGCGCUUUAUCUUUUAAAAGGACAGUUGUGUCAAUGAGCCCUUGCCACUGCCACCACACCAAUCCGCAUAUAUUCACUCACCCUGUUAUCCACAGAGAAUUUCUUUUUUAUAAGUUUGAGGAAAUUUUUAUUAGGCUUUAAAAGAAAAAAAGAACAGGCAUUUGGUUAAUCUUAGCAGCUGUCUGGUGGAGAAAGAGGAAAUGAAGAAAAUAAAUUGGGGGGACACCACACUGUUUGGGUAGAGCUAGGAUGAAGAGAAACUAUGUGGUAGGAUAACCCACAAAGCAGGUAGAAUAGCUUUAAGGAAAGAGUAAGGAAUCACAAAGUGUUGGGAAAGUGUUUUUAGAACAUAUAUACAAAAAUAAUUAAAGUUAUGAAAUAACUCAGAAUAGUAGUCAUAUUUACAAAAAUGUGUGGAACUAUAAGCUACAUCUGAGAUCAUUUUUUCUUCUGGAUCUUCAUAGAGUCUGUGAACAAAGAAAAGAACAGAGCUCCUUGUCUACUCUAAGCUUACCUCAAGGCUAGAAAAUGAGAGGUGUAUAACUGAAGAAUGUUAGUGG